GUGAGUGUGUGUUUUCUGCUUUCCACGCAUGUGCACAUGUUGGUGUUCUGUGAUCUCUAGUGUGUUUACAGUUAAAGUGUAGUGUUAGUGUGAGUGAGUGAGUUAUAUAGUUAGUGUGAGAGCACGAUGAGCAGUGUGUGUAGAGAAGUGCUCACUCUACAAAUCGGACAUUACUCCAACUUUGUGGGGACGCACUGGUGGAACCUGCAGGAUGCGUCCCUGUGUUAUGACCCUGACGUCCCACAAGACGAGCUGCAGAGUGAUAUGCUGUUCAGAGAAGGUCUCACCCUGGGGGGACAGGUCACCUACACACCUCGCCUCAUUGCCCUUGACCUGAAAGGAAGUCUACAGACUCUAAAACAGGAAGGCUGUCUGUAUGCCACAGAGCACGAGAACAACACCUUCACAUGGGAGGGUGAUCUAGUCACACAUGCAGAAGCUCCUUCAGCUAAAAACUCAUUCCUGCAGGACCUUGACAGGCUGGAUACAGGUGAACUGCUUGCAGAGUCAGACUUUACUAGUCUACCUGCUCUGGCCAAAUACUCAGGAAACAUGGUUCCCAUGGAAACAGUGAACAGUAGGUUGGAGCAAAUGCAGCGAUCCUAUAGGCUGGAGGACCGUGUGAAGGUGUGGUCAGACUUCCUGAGGGUCCACCUACAUCCUCGUACUGUAUCAAUCAUCAACCAGUACAAUCAUAAUGGUGAGGCUGCGCGGUUGGAGGCGUUUGGUCAGGGGGAGGCGCUGUUACAGGGCUCUGUACUGGAGGAGCUGGAGGAUAAACUCCAUUUUUUCAUAGAGGAGUGUGACUACCUGCAGGGGUUCCAGGUAGUGUGUGACAUGGCUGAUGGUUUCUCAGGUUUGGGGUCAAAGGUCACACAGCUGCUGCAGGACUCCUACAGUGGGCGGGGCAUCCUGACAUGGGGUGUGGCUCCUGUCAGUCACCCUGACUCAAGUCCUAUUAAGGAUGUGUAUCACAUGAUGAACUGUGCUCUAGGAAUGCUGCACAUGUCCAAUCACAGUUCUAUGUUCUGCCCUUUGACCCUGAGGGGUGGGAUGGGGAGACGUCCAGCUCCACCCACCACAUUUCCUCUCCUCAGUUAUGAUCCAUCUCUCUGGUAUCACAGCAGCUCUGUGUUAGCUCUGGCUCUCGACACGCUGACUGUCCCCUACAGGCUGAGGCAGAACUGCGCCCCCAUGUGGCAGCUGGCAGAUGCACUGACUGUCUCAGGCAGGAAGGUUGUGUGUGCAUACGGAUCUGUUCCGUUUCCCAUGAUGCACGGCAGCUGCCUUCCUGAUGCACUAAAUGCCUGUGGUGACACGUUACCAUGGAAACCUCUGUCAGGAUGCCCCGAACGGGCCGACGGGCAAUGCUUUGGCCAAUCGGUGACACUUCGGGGGCUGGAGGGGCAGAGCCGAGUGAGUUGUCUGGUUCCUGGAACAGAACCUCCCUCCAUUCUACACUGUGCUCAGUCAGGAGAAGAAGUACUGAACACACACCUCAGAACACACUACCCGUCUACACCACUAGCAGUACAGUUGCUUUACUCCCCCAGUAAACUGACUCCGCCCUUUCCUCAGAUCUUCAGCCCAAAUCUCGACUCUCAGGGUUUAAUACGGAAUGAAACGUCCACCAGCGUGGUUCCCCUGAAGGUUCUGUCACUUCCUGUGAUGUCCAGUUUGCAGUCCAGUUCAUCUGUGUCUUCUUUCCUAGCUGAGCUUCAGAAGUCCUGCAGCGCCAUCGAUUUACGUCGAGUUUCUCCCAGUUUCCUUUCUCACGGAGACCAAGCUGAAAUCGCAGAGAGUCUCGAGCAGCUGAGGACACUCGCUCACUGUUACCGUGACGACAGUGGUGGCAUGGUGCGCUCUUCCUCUGAUGAUGAUGAUGAUGAUGAUUAGCUCGGUAUAAACAAUUCUAAGAGCAAAUUCAGAUCAGUUCUGAAUCUUCACUCAGCUAAGAGACAGACUGGAGGAUUGGAGGCUAGUGGAAGGUACUGAUGGUGAGAUGGACUGUGGAGGAAGAGAUGGAGGAAGGUGUUUAGAUCUGUUUUCAUAAUCACUCCAUAUGAUCAUAGAGGGGAGAGCGUGUAGGAGACUGAGAGAACCUCCCACUCGUGGUGUGUCACCUAACUAAAUAUUAUUUAAAGAACAGCAUGCUGUGUGUCUAAUGACUGAUAGAAAUAAACUACAACCCCUGGCAAAAAGUAUAGAAUCCCCAAGACAGAAAACUUACAGCAAUAAGCCUUAAAAACAGAAAAUACACAACAAAACAAAUGAGGAACAAAUGGGCAGAAAGUGGAGUCAAUGUCUGUGACCGGACUGUAAGAAAUCACCUAAAAGAACUGGGAUUUACUGUAAAUACAGAAAAGCCAAACGAAAACCAUCAUUAACAUCUAAACAGAAAAAAAAACAAGGUAAAGAAACACAAUCUUGGACUGUGGAUGACUGGAUGAGAGUUCUAUUCAGUGAUGAAUCACCAAUCUGCAUUGGGCAGGGUGAUGAUGCUGGAACUUUUGUUUGGUGACGGUCCAAUAAAAUUUAUAAAGAUAACUGCCUGAAGAAAACAUGCACAUUUCAUUAAUGAUAUGGGGUUGUGUGUCAGGUAAAGGUGUGGGAGAAGAUGACAGUCAUUACAUCUUCUAUAAAUGUUUAUGUUGAGAUUUUGGACACUUUUCUUAUUCCAUCAGUUUAAAGGAUGUUUGGUGAUGGUAGCAUCGUUCUUCAGGAUGAUAAUGCAUCGUGUCAUAGGGCAAAAUCUGUGAAAACAUUCCUACAGGAAAGACAUAUGAUGUCAAUGACAUGGCCUGCAAAUAGUCCAGACCUCAAUCCAACUGAAAAUCUGUGGUGGAAAUGAAAGAAAAUGGUCCAGGACAAGGCUCCAACCUGCAAAGCUGAUCUGGUAACUGCAAUAAGACAAAGCUGGAGACAGAUUGAUGAAGUUUACUGUUUGUCAUUAGUUAAAUCCAGGCCUCAGAGAAUUCAAGCUGUUAUAAAAGCCUGAGGUGGUGCAACAAAGUACUAGUAGUGUUUUUAUUUGUGUGAUCCAUAGAAUGUUCCUCAGAUUUGUGUGAUCCAUAGAAUGUUCCUCAGAUUUGUGUGAUCCAUAGAAUGUUCCUCAGAUUUGUGUGAUCCAUAGAAUGUUCCUCAGA